CCCGGCGGUGAAAGCCGGCGGCGCAGAGCUUUCUGGGACUACCCUCCUGCCACCGCCCCGGGCAGCAACAUCGAGGCCAAGGUGGAGACAAAGGUGACGUCACAUCCGGUGUACUUCGACUGCCGUAGCGGUGAGGCGGUGGUGGUGCCUGGUGACAUUGCGGGUGUGGACAGCUCAGGGACCUACGUCAUCGCCACCCGAAAGAUCCCAGAGCGAUGGCGUGACAUGGAGCGACCUCUCCGUGCUCGGGAGAUGAAGCUUCUCAAGAUCUUCAGCAUCGUCGCUGUCUUCCUCUUCUUCCCCACGGGGGUGGCCGCCGUCAUCUUUGCUUGGCGCACGAGGCGUGAGUUCGACGAGGGCUUGAAGCGCGGCAACAUCGACGGCGCGUUGAAAGUGGCUCGCCGAACCAAGGCCCUCAUCAUCCUGUCGGGGGUGCUGGCCAUCACCACGGGGGUGCUGGUGUACUCGCUGGUGGAGCGCGCGGCACAGGGCUACAAAGUGGACACCGGCUACUUGGCCCAUUCGUCCGCUGGUGGUUGACGGCUGGCGGUGUGGACUGGACAAGCUAAAACUUGGCAAUGACGAUGAGUUCCUGAAUGGGAAGCUCUGUGUGUGUGUGUUUGAAGGGGGUGUAGCGAGAGAUGUAUAAAUAAAGUAAAUCGACAGCCAAGAUGGGUGAAGGUUAGUGACUGGUUUAGGGUUAGUUACGGAGUACAUAUAGGUCCUUAAGUAGAAUAUCGGUGGGCUCAGUUUAGAUGUAAGGGUAAUGUUAGGAGUAGGUGGAAGCAUGCGUGAGUGCCUCUGUGUUUCCUCUGAUGUGUAGUUUGUGUGUUGCAACACGCCUAAAAAUACCAAUGUGCAAAUAUUUCAAAUGCAAGUUGGAUGUUUAGGAGGGAUUGAAGUGGCACGCUUGAGAAAUCUGUGUAAGAUUUCUAGACAAGCAAAUGGGUGGUCCUAAAUCCUCGCUAAAUGGUUGGGGCCCGACUUGGCAUAGGAGUGUUAUCCUUGCCGCAUAAGUUUCUAGUGUGGCAGGACAUCCAGUGUUCAUUUGUUUUCAUAGCAGUCAGCGAGAUAAAAGACUACUUCUGACAGUCCUGUUAUUCCAUGGAAAAUGUAGGGCGAAAACGCAGAUUUGUGAUAUUUCGAAAACAUUCCAUUUUAUGAUAUUGAAAUUCCUGAUUCUGGUUAUGAAUGUCUCAAAGUCUGGUUGUGGUUAGUCUGUCUAGACAUUUAAUAGUGUACCUGACUCAGUGUGCACUUUUAUUGAUGUAACUUGUUCCCUUUACCUGUAACGGACGAGGUAGGUGGAUAGAUUGAUAAGCAGGUUACAGUGGGCAAAUGUAACUGAAUGUUUUUUACCAGUUGGUGUCAAAAACUGGUCGCGCCAUUUGCCUGUUUGACCCGUCACAUGUUAGUCUUAUGGGUGGACGUUGCACGUCCCUAUUUGCCUGUUGGCCAUGUUACCCGCACCAUCAACAGGCGAUGCAUGACAUGAACACCAACCUAGUGUUUAAUAGUAAUAAUAGUGAGAUUUAUGUAGUGCGUUUCGCCACAAGGAGGCGAGAUCUUGACAAGAUACAAGAUGAUGCCGUAUAGUCAGGCAUACAUACACACAUGCACAGUGAACAUUGUCAGGAACAUGAACUUAGGUAGAGAGGAGAACUGGUGAAUGUAACAGGAUAAACCAUUGCACCAGGUAUUUCCGAAUGAGAUGGGUUUUUAGGUCCAGACCAGAAAACAAGUAGCAUUCCCCACUGUAUGGAGAGACUGGCAGGCC